AUGCCAUCAUCAAAUCGUACUUCAACAAAAAAACCAUUAUUACCUGGUAAUUCUCAUUUGUAUCAAGAACGUAACAAAAUAGUAAAUGAAUUAAAUUCUAUUUGUGAUCAUAUGUCAAUAGAAUUGGGUUUGGAAACUGUUGUAUUUACAGGAUCAAAAUUACCAUGUGAUAGUUAUGCAGGUAGAUUAGGAAGUAAGACUGGAUUGAAUAUUGCUAAGGAAUUGGAGUGGAAUGAAUUACAAACUCAAGUUGCUGUUAAAGCCCAAAAUACUCAAAUUACAUGUAUGCCAAAUACUACCAUUGAAAAUCCCAAAAAAAAUAAAACACUUGCUCGAGCAUAUGUUACUAAAUCACUAAAUGAAUUAUAUAUCAAAGCUGGUGGAAUUGGAAAAAUUCAAUUUAAAAAUUGGGAAAACCAAAAAAUGGAAGUAGUUGAUUUUUAUAAAUACAUUAAUUCUGAAAUAUCAGAAAAAUUAAAAAUAAAUUAUAAGAAUGAUAAAGAAUCACCUUUUGUUAAAGGGUGGUGGCAUGGAAUUGGAAUUAAUAAUUAUGAAUCUUUAUUGGAAUUUUCCCAAGGAUUCAAUUUUGGAUCAAAUCAAGUAAUACUUAAAGAUAAAGCUUCUGAAAAUUUAUAUCUGAAUCAAUAUAAGAAAAUUGAAUGGAUAUUAAAAUCAAAUAAAAAUGUUUUUUUGAUUUUUAAAGAAAUUUUAAAAGAUGUAGAAACAAAGUAUUAUGAGGAAAAAAAUUUUUGGUGUCACAAUGAAGAAUAUCUUAAAGAAAUAUCUGAAAUACAAUUUACUUCAAAUAUUCUUUAUGAUAUAUUUAACCAUAUUUUUUAUUUUUUAAAUAAAAAUUUAAAAGUACAACUUGGAGAUAAGAUGAAUUUGGGAUUCCAAAAUAGAAAACAUCUUUUUAACCAAUUAUUUAAUAAUAAAAAUAAUUCUGAUUAUGGCAGAAAAUCAGAUUUUUUUGUUAACGAUAACCAAAAUAAUGUUUUUUUAUUGGCGGAAGUUACAGGACCUCCAUAUAAAAGAAAACCAAAAAAAGAACUUUUCGAUUAUGGUCGUAACCAUCAAAAUGGAAAAGAUGAACUUGAGUAUCGUAACUUAUCAAUAAUAUAUAAGUAUGGUUCAUCUUUAACUGAAGAGCAUAUUGAAAAAUUAAUGAAAGUAAUUAAUAUAUUUUUAUUACAAAUACAUACUAAUGUUUUAAAUAUUAAUAUUUUGGAUCAACCGGGAAGUAACUUAUACCGCUCAAAAAUUUUUAUUGAUAAAAUAAAAAUACCAUUACAAAGAAAUAAAGAAGAAGUUCUUACUUUUAUAAGAAUAAUAAUUAAUAUUUAUAAAAAAAUUAUAGAUUAUUAUAAUGUAUUUAAUGAUAUAUUAAAUUCAUUAAAUCAAGAUAAAAAUUCUAGUCAACCAGAUGAAUACCUUACAAAACCACUUUCAAUCCAUGCAAACCAAUUAUUAUAUUCAUCAGCAAUAACAUGUCCAACACCAAGAUCUUCACCUGAAUGA